GGGCGAUGUUGGAUGAGCUCAAGGCGGCGUCGGAGGUGGUGGAACGCCGCGUACCAGGGCGCACGUGCCAGCGCGGCUCUCUGGGUGAAGCUUUGACGUAUUGAUAAUUGGAUAGACGUCUCUCACUGUGCACACAAAUAUUUGCGAUCAGCGUCGUGAGCAGCGAACCCAACUUUUCAAUACUGGCAUACACCGUGCGACUGUUCUCUGUGUCGUUGCGCUGUGCUCAUGCUGGGUGGAUGUUUAGCGCCCUAUAAAUCCCCCUCCUUGUCCAUCGUCCCUUCCCUCCACAACACAAACAUCAGAAGCAGCGAUCACACCCAACACCGCCCUGAGACACUUCGAUACCGUCAUAAACGCCCACCAUACGCUUCAAAGCUCACUUGGGCCAUCAAUUUCUUGUCUCCAUCCACCAGAUAACUCGUGUUUACGCGUUGUUUAUUUGACACCAUACACCAUGGUCGCGCCUGUCACAGCAGAGGCCAAAGCCGCGAUGCUUGCCAACUUCGAUCUUGAGGUCAAUGCACGCAAAGAGAAACUCCGUGCAAUGUGCGAAGCCCAGUGCGCCAGUCUUCGGUCGCGUCUCGAGCGUCGCGUCAAUCGCGUACCAGCCACGAAGCGCCAAACGCCUCUUAUUGAACUCCUCGCCCCUCCGCCACCUCAACCAAAGCCCGCACCUGCCCCAAUCAAAGCGGCACCUGUCAAGAAAGCGCCAACUAAGAAGGCACCAGCUGCUGCGCCUAUUCCUGCCCUUGCUCCGCCCCCGAAGACUCGUGCUGCUCCUGCUACUACCACGUCACGACCAACGACCGCCAAAGCAGCGCCGAAGCCCGCGGCCAAACCUGCCACCAAACAUGCAACAUCCAAAUCUGUCCCGACAGCCUCCCUACGUGGGAAAAAGCGCAGCAGCGACGAAGCCACAAGCGAAGACAAGGAGAACGUGUCUGUCGAGCUCGCAGUUCCCAAGAAGAGAGGCCGAGCUGCCACCACAGCGACAAAACCAUCUGCCGUCCCCAAACCUGCCGCUCCCGCUGCAAGAUCCACACGCGCAGCGUCACGAAAGACCGCUCCCGCCGAUGUUCUGUCACCCAAAAACAACAACACCCGCGCAAAGUCAUCCACCCGCAGCGUCAGGCCACGAUAGAUUUAUUGAUUCGGACGACUGGAGUUCUUCAAGGAGUUUUCGGAGGUUCAUUCGCUAGAUACCCAUGAUGUUUUGAUGGUUCCACGGCGUUUUGGGAUUUUAGGGCUUUGAGGUUUCAGGUUUCCAUGUACUACAGUUUUGUUUUUAUAAACCUUCUUCCAGGUUCGAGAACCCCUCAGUUGAGUCUUGCUCUUUUGGCUCGCUCCUGUGUUUGAUCUCGCAUGGCGAAGGUUGAGUUUGAAUAGCGUAACGAUGAUUGACUCACUUGAACUGUUGCCAAUGC